CGCCUGCCGACGGCUAUUGCUUUCAAGUACUCACACAACUAUCGGUGCAGCAACAGCAGCAGCAGCAGCAGCCGCAGUGGAAGAAAUGCCCCAUACCGGUCAAGCAGGUGUCAACCAGCUCGGUGGUGUGUUCGUCAACGGUAGACCGCUGCCGGACAUCGUCCGCCGACGGAUAGUGGAACUGGCGCUGAUGGGCGUUCGACCUUGUGACAUUUCCCGCCAGCUUCUGGUGUCCCAUGGUUGUGUAUCGAAAAUUCUCACCCGAUUCUACGAAACCGGUUCGAUAAGGCCCGGAUCGAUCGGUGGCAGCAAGACGAAGCAAGUGGCAACGCCAACGGUGGUGAAGAAAAUCCUGCGCUUCAAGCAGGAAAAUCCCGGCAUGUUUGCGUGGGAAAUUCGCGACCAACUGCUGGCCCAGCGGAUCUGCGACCCCAACACGAUACCAUCGGUGAGCUCCGUCAAUCGGAUACUGCGGAACGGAGGCCUCUGGACGGACGACAUGACGUCAAAUGAACAAAUGAUGCGUGAUCCAUCGCACUCCUCGUCCUACAUGACCUCCAAGCCCAUGACACACCCCUUGUACAGCCAAACCCUUGAGCAGCAUCAUGCGCUUCUCAACCAGUACCGUUACAGUAUGGCGUCGGUCGUAUCGCCGGACGGAAAACCCAUUCACCCACAUCCGUACAAUUCGGCCCACGUUCCGGGAACCGGUCCUCCGGUACAGAAAACCGCAGCGGUCAACAUCAUCCAGCACGAAGGACACACACCAACCAAAGCAGAUCCCGGAAAAUCACAGCAGCAACAGCAUCCCUCACCAGGAUCACCCAAGGCCGAAUCGAAAAGUGAACCUACUUCGUCAAGUUCCACUCCGGCUACCCUGUCGCCUCAGAUGGCAUACCUGCCCAAACAUUGGAUCUGGAAUACCAGUCUGUUCUAUGCUGCCAACCGCAGCGUUGCGGCCGGGACUGAUCCUACGGCGGCAUUCCCUCACGGAUAUUUCGCUUAUGCCAAUCCAUUCGGCACCUCUGGAGGAUUCGCCGUACAACGCGACAGCUACCGGAAUGAUGGAACCAGUUCCAACACCAGUUCAUCACCGGUGCAGAUCACCGAUGUCAAUUCGGAUGAUUCUUCGGACAACCACGACGAUUUGAGGACGAGCAUCUCCAAGAAACGCAACCCAUACUCGAUCGAAGAGCUGCUCAAAAAGCCCGAGAAACGUCAAAAGCUGGACUCGGUCACCAUUACCUGUGUGCCACGGACCUCUCGGGACGGUUACCAAUCGUCACCGUCAGCGUCACCGUCCAAAUCGACUAGCCCACCGCCGUUGUUGUCCCAGUACCCACCAUCAACGGGAUCCAUCGAGGAAGGCAUGAGCCUGAUCAAAUCCAAACCGGAAACUCUCAACGAGAACAGUGUGAAUAUUGAAAUUUGUGAUUGAACAACUAGAGUAUUAUCUUGCCAUACAAAAGCGCAUUUGUUGAACUAGUUUUGUACGUACUGUUAUUGCUAAAUGGAAUCUUUUCUGUACAUAGUGACACCCUAAGUUGAGAGAAACUAACCAAUCGAUUUCCCAAAACUAGAACCUUUGGAUCAAACAAUGUAGACUAAGGAUAAUUUAUUAACAAGUUGAGAAAAGGAAAAAAAACCCCAUCGUACUGUUUGAAUAGAUCCAUUCUUAAAGAAGACUCAUGUAAAUUAUACAAAACAGACUAGUGUAAAUCAAAGAAAACCACGAAAAUACACAACUGAAUCCCAGUGUAAGAUAAAGUAGACUAAUUGUUUCAAUAAACAGCC